GACGCCGGGCGUGCUGGCACCGGCGAGCGCGCAGCUCGUGUGCUGGAUCACCUGCAGGGCGUUUUGAGAAACUAUGGCAGCGGUAACGCUCUGAUCCAACUCCAUGACGGGAGACAUGGAGGGCUGAUUGAUAUGUUGAAUGUGAAAUGGUUACAUCCACCUCGAAUCGUGUUCUCUUGGAUCCUGCGCGUGCGUCCGUUGCCAUGACAGCGCGCCAGCACGCGGAAGCGAUGUAAAUAAGGCCAACAGCUCGUACCCGUAAAUGCUUUACUUCUAUCGACAUUUUAAGCCACUUUAGCAAGAUUCACUGACGACCUGUACGAAAACAAAAUAAGUCUUAACAAAAGUUUUAUUUGAACUUUUAAAAGGUUCCAGGUCAUCAUGGCGAAUGUUGCCAAAUCCUGGUUGAAUAAAUCCAAAAGUGGAAGGAGGACCAGAUCACCACCAGUCUCAGAUAAGAAGCCUUUGGGAGAGAUCGAAGAGUCCUCCUCAACUGUAGGUGAACAGAAUCAGAGCGGCAUUCUCAAUGACCAAGACAUCCUAAAUCUGACCAUCACAUCACAGGAUCUGGAGAAGCUGCGAGUCCCUAAACCCCCUACAGACCCCCAGAAGCCCAAAUCAAUGACCCGGGUGUAUGUCCGUAAGACACGCCCUCCAGACGAGGUCGGCAGGAAGGUAAGGGUCACGGUGGCGAGACCUCUACCACCUAACGCUUCUUCACAGCCGCUCAACUACACAGGUCCUGCUGGGCCGCGGUUUGACGCACGGGGGAUGGUGCUGCCACACAGCAUUCUGGGAAGCCUGGAGGAUUUUAAGAGAGAGACGGCACUCAGAGGUGACUCAGGGCUGUUACAGAGAAUCCCAGAAACACAGAAAGUCACGCCUCUACUGGUGGAGCGUGAGAGAAAUGACUACAAAUCAGAAGAUGAGACCCAACAUAGCAACGCCCUCCAGCACUGGUACCGCCACAUGACUGAGAGACACAGACAGCAAAACUUUAUUUCACGAUUACUGCAGAGGCCGGUGGGACAUCUGUUGAUGAAUCAGUCCAGCAGAUUCAGACGCAUUCAGGAACAACGAGAUCUCAUCAACAGACUACAUGGUCAACAUGUGGGCUGUGAGUUCUGGAACAUUCCGCAGCAUUUUGGAGAUGAGCUGAGUGGGAUAACGGCAACCCGUACCGAGACAGAGAGAGGAAACCCUCCACCCGUCACUCGCAUCGGACAUCCAACCACGACACGAUGGGAGUCAGGUAACGGGUUUUGUGAUGCAGUAUACAAUGGAUGGGAUCGGAGUGUGUACCUGCAACAGCGUCGCCUUGAGCUCAGGGACGUUCUGAGAGACUUCAGUCCCCCGGACAUCGAUGGGCUGGAGGUGGUUGGUUCUGGUCUGCCCUUCACCUCCACAUCUUUGAGAUCUUCAUCUCUACUGGAUGAGGAAAACAAUGAAGAACAGCGGAGUGAAAUGGAGCAGAUAGAAAGCGAAGAUCCUCUGGCGCUUUAUGAUGACAUCAUCAUGGAUGUCGAGCUGGUUCCUGCUCUGAGGUUUUGUGGAGAACUGGCUCGCUGGACCGGCACCACGUCCUCCCACCAGGAGCAGCGGGGUAUCUCAGCGAGGAUGAUGUUUGAGAUCGUAACAGGAGAGAGUGUGAGCUCUCAUCUGGAGUUAAAGAAUGAAGGAAGUACUGUCAUUUAUUACAGCUGGGAGAGAGUGACACAACCACACACACACACGCAACACUUCUACUUCAACAACAGUGAAGCUGUGAUAUUACCGGGCGGCACCAAACACAUCACAGUCGUCUUUAAGAGCGCGUCUGCGGGCAUCAUGACUGAAGUUUGGCAACUCAACACACACCCUGUGCUGAUGGGCGGAGCUUCACUUCAGGUCACACUGAGGGGCGUGGCUAUAGACCAGGACCAAAGCGCCCACCAGAGAGCAGCACUGGAGAGGGAUCUCCAUCAGAAAGAGGCCGUGUGCUUGUGUAGAUGGAUCAUGAAGGAGGUGCUCAGUGGGGUUUGUACUCCAGAAAGGCCGAGCUCACCGGUUGAUCUCCACAUCACUGAAGAGGAGCAGUUCCUCGCACACAACCAUAAUUUGCAGUACCACCGUGAGCCCGUGGAGGCGCUGCAGAGGUUAUGGGAGCAGGUCAAGAGGUCAGGACAGGUGUGGGAUCUGUCAUUAAACACCUUCGCACAGAUGGCGCUGUCCCUCCCUGAGACAGAUGAGCAGACAGACAGGCUGAGCAAGGAGACAUGUAUGAACCAAUAUAACUCACUGGUGUCACAGUUGCAGCGACCGCGGACACACACGACUCCUUUAACUCUACACAACAUCAGUCUUCAGUUGUGGAGAGAGAUGGUGGACGGUUUGGUCAUCGAGUCUGUGAAGUUGAGAGAUGCACUUGGACUUCCUGAACACAACGUUUGGAGUGACAAAACACAAGAGCGCAACACCUUGGAGAAGACGAAGAAUGAGGAGGCGGAGCAGAGAAAAGGAGGAGCAGCGCAGAAAGAUGUGAAGAGAGGAGCCAAAGAUACAGAUGUGAAGAGAGGAGUCAAAGACACGGAGGGGAGGAGAGGAGGAACUCGAGCAGCAGUGAUUGAGGAACGCGGGAACGCGCGGAUAAACUCGCCGGAGGAGAAAACGGAUAGAGGAGAGAGAGAAUUACACUUUCCUGUUGACGCUCACAAUCAGGAACUGUACAGACGACUGCUACACACACAGGUGUCUGCUCUGAUGAAGACAAUGAUGGACUCUCUGUGUGAUUUACUUGAUGAUGCACAACAAACUCAACAACUCUUACAAAACAUUUGAAGAAUCAUCACAUCUCUGUAUGGUUUGGAAUCGUAUACAAUGCCUUAAAUAAAUGUUG